UAUUCCUCCUGCCAGUCAAACCGCCAUAGCGUCGUCAAAGCUUCAUGGAAAUUCAUGAUUCAACUUGCUGCUGAUAGACGACAGCAACGCGCUCCAGAUCCAACUUACAGAUCAUAGUUUGACUCAGCCAGCAGAUCGUUAUCAAUAUUUGAAGCCGUCUGACGGAAAUCCGACUGUGCUCUCUAUCUCUCAUUAUAGGCACAUCUGAGCCUAUUCCUUGGACCCUCUAGGGAUGAGCCUAGAGUGUUUGGCCUUGACAAGUUCAACGGUGACAACUUUGCUGAGUGGUCCUUCAAGAUGGAGAACAUCUUUGACCACUAUGAUCUGCUAGAGGUGAUGGAAGGAACGGAGAAGCGCCCCGAGAACGACCCGGAGAAGAGCCCGUGGGUGCGGAAGAGCGCACAAGGCUACCUUCUACUUGGGCAAGCGUUGGGGAGCAGCCAAAUCCGUCACAUCAAGCCUUUUCAGCGUGAACCAGCAAAGGGACCAAAGGCAUGGGCUGCUCUCAAGGGUGUACACACUCCUGCAACAGCGGCGGUGGCUGUGGUUUUGGAGCGGCAAAUGGCGGCACUUCGAAUUGACGAAGGCGAACCGGUGGAGGAAGGAGUGCAGAAAUUCUUCGACUUGUUGACACGGCUCGAAGGAGCUGACCUGAACUACAGUGACCUUCAAAAGAAGACCAAGCUGUUGGCCUUACUUCCGGACUCAUGCGAAGCGGCAAGCAUGAAAGGUGGAGACUACGACAAGGACUCGAGUGAAGAUCGAUACCCGGGCCAAUUCUUCUUUGUCUCCACGCAAGCGACAGCUGCAGCAGGAGGUGUGGAAGGCUUUGAGGAGCCAGCUACUGUGGGAAAGGUCACCCUUCACUCUCUGGACUUUUGGGCCGGCAUGGACACAUCUUCCAAGGGAUCCAAAACCUAUACCGCAAGGCUUGGUGAGCGGAAGCUUUGGGACCUUCAUGGGGACAGGGACAUCUACAAUGAGAUGUGGCAAAUCCCAGUGGUCCCCAUGCCUAAAGAGAGGCAAGUGGCAGCAAGCCUUGGAGCUGCUGGAGCAGAGUACUUCCUCACCAUUGUGGACGUCUACACUCGCAUGACUUGGGUGUAUGUACUGCCCAAGAAGAGUGACGUAGCUGAAACGGUGAAGACCGAUUGGUUGCCGAUGGUGGAGCGGCAACAAGACCGACUUGUGAAGGCGAUUCGCACUGACCGUGGGGGAGAGUUCCUGAGCAAGGAUUUCUCAACUUGGCUGAAGAAGCAGGGCAUAAGGCACUCUCUUACCAUGCCCUACUCUCCUGCAAUGAACGGCAUCGCCGAGAGUGCGAAUCGGACACUCACGGAGACGGCUCGGGGACUUUCUCAUUGAAG